CAAAUCACACAUUAUUCCAUUCUCUUUCUCUCUCUCAAUAACUUCUUUCUUACCCUAUCCCAAUCUCAUCAUCAAUGGCGCCCAAGGCAGAGAAGAAGCCAGCGGAGAAGAAGCCGGUAGAAGAGAAGAAGUCCGCCGUCACCGAGAAGUCUCCGGCGGAGAAGAAGCCAAAGGCCGGCAAGAAGCUACCAAAGGACGUCGGCGCUGCGGCUGCCGGAGACAAGAAGAAGAAGAGAAACAAGAAGAGCAUUGAAACUUACAAGAUCUACAUCUUCAAGGUUUUGAAGCAGGUUCAUCCUGACGUCGGGAUCUCGAGCAAGGCGAUGGGAAUCAUGAACAGUUUCAUCAAUGACAUCUUCGAGAAGCUUGCUCAGGAAAGUUCUAAACUCGCUCGUUAUAAUAAGAAACCUACGAUUACUUCUCGCGAGAUUCAAACUGCUGUUAGGCUUGUUCUUCCUGGUGAAUUAGCUAAGCAUGCUGUUUCUGAAGGUACUAAGGCUGUUACUAAGUUCACUAGCUCUUAGAUUGAAAUCGAAUUUAUUGUUGUUGGUUCUGAUCUAGGGUUAGGGUUUCUGAUUUGGUAUUCUGGUUAUUUCCUAUGAAUUUGUAUAUUUAAGUAUUUGCUAAUCUUGAAACUCAAUUGAAUUGACUGAUUAUGAAAUCUUCUUCUUACGAAUCA